AUGGCAGAUUACAUUAAAAGCCUAAAACAAUGCAUCAAGUGGUUUCAACAGCUUGAAGGAAAUUACAUUACAGAACAGGAGAAAUUCAAGUGUUUGUUGGAAUCGGCGGAAAAGAAGUGCAAUGAUAUUGAGUCGAUGAUGAAUGCCAAGGAGGACGAGCUGAAUACAAUUAUUAUGGAAUUGAGAAAAAAUCUGGAGGCACUGAUAGAAAGAUUCACAAAAGAGGAAGUGGAUAAAUUGGGAGCAUUGGACACUUUGAGUAGAGAGAAAGAAAACAGACUAGCAGCUGAUAGAAUGCUGGUUUCCCUUUCUGAAGAGCUAAAGAGAUCUCGGCAAGAUAACGCUAGUACCAACCAGAAGAUACAAUCGCUUAACGACAUGUACAAGCGAUUGCAAGAGUACAACACUAGUCUGCAACAAUACAAUAGUAGACUUCAAUCAGAACUUCUGAAAACAAAUGAGACACUCAAACGUGUUGAGCAAGAAAAGAAAGCUGGGGUCGAGAACCUAAGCGCUCUUAGGGGCCACUAUACUUCUUUGCAAAAUCAGCUUAAUUCAUCUCGUGUAAGCUUUUAUGUCUUACUUUGA